AUGCCGCAUUACAACAACACCCCAGAAUCGAUUCUUCCUCGAUCAGACUCGCGGAAUCCAGCCUCAACAUGUUCGGGCAUCACUAUCAGUGGCAAGCCAUGUCGCCGUUCACUGGCAGCAGCUCCCUCUGGACGAGUAGCAACAAUGCUCAAGGGUGAGGCUGGUCAACGUCUGGACGCAGAGGCUCUUUAUUGCUGGCAGCACAAGGACCAAGCACCUCAGGAUGUCCAUGAUGUCGCCAAAAGACACCAGGCAGCUCCUGUGCUUCUGUCAGAAAGGACCAGUAUUGACACCUUGGUCGAGCGACUUGGUAUUCUCAAUAUCGAUACUAGUCAGCGAGUCCCAAGGAAACAAGCUCCGGCUAAACGGCAAAAAAAGCAGUAUCAUGAAAUCAACAGGCCCCCUCCUAGGAAGUCGGGGUCGUUUUGUUGUUUUCGGGUGGUAGUGGAUGCCCCGGAGAGCUUACCUCCCUCGCGCCCAGUCUCAAGCUCAAGGUAUAAUGCACAAGGAAAGCAACCGACUGCUCCUCGACCACCAAUGAACCAGCAGCGACCUGUCUUCAUCCGAGCCUCAAACUCAGGAGGCUCUCAUAUCAUUCAAAAUCGUCCGAUUCCCGUGACUCCCGAGCGGUGGCCCAAUGCCUCUUCGCCCCCAUCCUCACGGCACUCUCUAUCCCCUUAUCAAACUCCAACAAAGCCAGGAUACGGCAGAACUCCUCCUAGGCCCUCGCUCCCGAGUACCCCGGCGUCAUCGUCAUCGCAAACCAAGCCACUUUUAUCACUAAUACCGCCUCAUCUGAGUCCUCAAACAACGGCACUCCUACUUACAGAGUUGACCAAGCCAAUUUCAGAUGCAGAUGAAGAAGGCUACAUCUACAUAUUCUGGGUGACUCCGCAAAGCACCAAUGCAACAGAUAAUUUACCACCGUGGGAAAUCGCAUCGAAUCUAUUGCCCUCACCACAUUCCCGCCGGACAAGUGAUGCUUUGCGUGCUGCAAAGAGCGUCGACCCACGCUCGAGGGGAAGUGACAAUCAACCAGGAACUAUUAGACUCAAAAUCGGGCGCACAAGCAACGUCCACCGGCGUCUAAACGAAUGGUCCAAGCAGUGCUCUCAUGAUCUGACUCUUGUUCGAUAUUAUCCGUACACUGCGUCUUCACCGUCUCCCUCGCCAGCUCGGACCCCUGGAAGCAGUGCAUCGCAAGACCACGGUCGCCGCACGCCUCAUGUGCACAGGGUGGAAAGACUCAUUCACAUUGAGUUAGCAGACCAACGAGUGAAGGGUCAAGGGCCGUGUCCUGAAUGUGGAAAAGGGCACAGAGAAUGGUUUGAGUUCGAGGCAACCAAAGAGGCACUAAGAUUAGUAGACGAGUGUGUCCGUCGAUGGGUUUCUUGGGGUGAACGACACGAGUGA